CUAGCUCCUGCGGUCGGCCGGCCGGGCGCGCGCUGGGGUCGCGCGGCUGCUGAAGGGGGCGGGCGCGCGCAGGAGGAGUGGAGGCGUAGGGGGGCGGGGGACCGCUCGCUUACUCGCAAGAUGGCGGACGAGGACGGGGAAGGGAUUCACCCCUCAGCCCCGCACCGGAAUGGAGGCGGCGGCGGGGGGUCUGGGCUCCACUGCGCCGGGAACGGUGGCGGGGGAGGCGGCGGCCCGCGGGUCGUGCGCAUUGUCAAGUCCGAAUCCGGCUACGGCUUCAACGUGCGGGGCCAAGUGAGCGAGGGCGGGCAACUGCGGAGCAUCAACGGGGAGCUGUACGCGCCGCUGCAGCAUGUGAGCGCCGUGCUGCCCGGGGGGGCGGCCGACCGGGCCGGGGUGCGCAAGGGGGACCGCAUCCUGGAGGUGAACGGCGUGAAUGUUGAGGGGGCGACACACAAGCAGGUGGUGGACCUGAUCCGAGCAGGCGAGAAGGAAUUGAUCUUGACAGUGUUGUCUGUACCUCCUCAUGAGGCUGAUAACCUAGACCCCAGUGACGACUCCUUGGGACAAUCAUUUUAUGAUUACACAGAAAAGCAAGCAGUGCCCAUAUCGGUCCCCACAUACAAACAUGUGGAGCAGAAUGGUGAGAAAUUUGUGGUAUACAAUGUUUAUAUGGCCGGGAGGCAGCUGUGUUCUAAGCGGUACCGGGAGUUUGCCAUUCUGCACCAAAACCUGAAGAGAGAGUUUGCCAACUUUACAUUUCCUCGACUUCCAGGAAAGUGGCCAUUCUCAUUAUCAGAGCAACAGUUAGAUGCCCGGCGUCGGGGGUUGGAAGAAUAUCUAGAAAAGGUGUGCUCCAUCCGAGUCAUUGGUGAGAGCGACAUCAUGCAGGAGUUCCUGUCAGAAUCUGAUGAGAAUUACAAUGGUGUGUCUGAUGUGGAGCUGAGAGUAGCAUUACCAGAUGGAGCAACUGUUACUGUCAGAGUUAAAAAGAACAGCACCACAGACCAAGUGUACCAGGCUAUUGCAGCAAAGGUUGGCAUGGACAGUACAACAGUGAACUACUUUGCCUUAUUUGAAGUCAUCAAUCAUUCCUUUGUACGUAAGCUGGCCCCUAAUGAAUUUCCUCAUAAACUGUACGUCCAGAAUUACACAUCAGCUGUGCCAGGCACCUGCCUGACCAUUCGCAAGUGGCUCUUUACCACAGAAGAAGAAGUCCUCUUAAAUGACAAUGACCUUGCUGUCACGUACUUCUUUCAUCAGGCUGUUGAUGAUGUAAAGAAAGGUUACAUUAAAGCGGAGGAGAAGUCUUACCAGUUACAGAAGCUGUAUGAACAAAGGAAGAUGGUCAUGUACCUCAACAUGCUAAGGACCUGUGAGGGCUACAAUGAAAUCAUCUUCCCUCACUGUGCCUGCGACUCCAGGAGGAAGGGGCAUGUUAUCACAGCCAUCAGCAUCACGCACUUUAAACUUCAUGCCUGCACUGAAGAAGGGCAGCUGGAGAACCAGGUAAUAGCGUUUGAAUGGGAUGAGAUGCAGCGAUGGGACACAGACGAAGAAGGAAUGGCCUUCUGUUUUGAAUAUGCACGAGGAGAGAAGAAGCCUCGAUGGGUUAAAAUCUUCACACCAUAUUUCAAUUACAUGCAUGAGUGCUUUGAGAGGGUGUUCUGCGAGCUCAAGUGGAGAAAAGAGGAAUAUUAGUUAGAGACUGAUUAUCCCAUGUGAGCCAGGACAUUCUCCCAGCGAUGCUGGCCUCUGGAUGGUGAAUGGGCUAUGCAAAAAAGCCCUGCUUCUCCCCUUGUGUAGAGGGUGGACACUGGCUGCAGGCUCUCCCGUCUCUCAUGACAUCAUGGACCCUCUUCUGCCUGUUUGUUUGAUUUUUGUUGUUGUUGUUGUUGUUGUUUAUUUGUUUGUUGUUUUUAAUCAAAUAACCCUCCAUGCUGUUCCUGACCCGGAGAGUGCCUGUCCAGAGUUUUAGCCAUCUGACUAGAUAAGUCACAGUAGAGUCUUUCUUCACUAACCGAGAACAUAAAUGUGGGGACAUUUUUUGCUACCGUUGUCUAUAGGUGUCAGUGCUGGAGCAGACUUUAGAAGACUCUGUAUAAAUACUUAGCUACUUAUUGUCAAAGAAAGUCAGAAAAUGAAAGAGUACAGUCCGUCACGUGGAGGUUAGUGUUCUUGCUAUAGUAGAAGAACACUGGGCUCUGGCAGUCAUCUGGAAUUUCUCCUGCUGCUUUUAUCUGUGGUUUCGGGCAUAGCAACUGCCUUAAAUCUGGAUUGUGUCUUUUGUAAAAGAGGAAGACUGAGGCAGGUGGUAAAUAUCAGAGUCCUCUGCUUUGAGAGGCUGUGGUUCGGAUGGGGUUGAGUCAGGGUCAGCCAGGCAUGCUGCUCCAGUCGUGUUGGACGGUUGUCUCCAGAUUGGAGGCCAGGCUGCUCCUCAGUAACGCUUCUUUUUUUUUUUUUCCUUUCAGAAUAUUUUCCAGAUGGCGAGGUCACAACAGAGGGAUGUGGCCACCUAGCCUUUCCUCAUCCCUUCCCCUUCCCUUUGCCCUCAGCCUCUUAGCCUUUUCAUCUUUCAUGUCAGACAGUAACCAUUAACACAAAAGAAGAAAAAAGGAAAAAAGUCAUUAUAUCCCAAAGUCCUAAGCUAAAUAUUAUUAAUAACCUCCUGUGAAUUUUACACCUCUGGACCUGAGCUGGUAGCGAGCAGCAGGUUGAUAGUGCCAGAAGUCCACUGAGAUCAGACAGAAACAAGCCCAGCACCUCGCCAAAGUCAUCCUUGUCCUUUUACCCGGGGCCUCAUAACAACAGACUCUCCUUGUACUAUAUUUUUAAAACUGGAACUAUGAACUCCAUCCAUUUGCACUGUUCAAGCAUAUAUAUGUAUGUAUGUAAAAAUUAUAUAUACACAAAUUAGCUGCACGUAUAUACAUAUAUAUUUCUUUUUAAAUUUCAUAUUGAUGGCAGAACCUUUUUUAGCUUGUGUUUUUACACACCUUUCACUGAAUUCAUGACCUCUCUCUUGCUCUCUUUAUUUUGAAACAAACUUUAAAAAGGAAAAAAAAAAUACAGGGAAAAUACCUCUCCUCAUGAAGGACUCGAAAAGUUUACAACCUGCUUGGGUUUUCCUCCCUUUCUGUAUUGAGUACGGUUUCUGGCUGUUGGUUUGCCAUAGAGUCUGAGGAGCGAGGAGUGUAGUGUCUUUAUCUUCAAGAGGGUGCUGAGGAGGAGAAAGGCUGUUUCUCAAGAGCGGCGAGGCUGCCGAGAGUCUGAAGACCUAUAGUCUUGAUUGCAAGUCAUUUUCCUGAUCCAUCCUGCAUCUCCUUCCUGUUCCUUUAGGGUCUUUUAUAUAAAGCUUCCUUGCAACUGGCCCAAACCAGAGUUCAGGGUCACAUGAGGAGGCUGUUCCCACAGAAACUGUGACACUUCUCUUCCUGAGACAGACAGGGAUCGUAUCAGGAGUAAAGCUUGGCAUCUGAGGCACCAAGGCAGGACAUACGGAGGGGAGGGAGGGAAGAAAGAAGGAAGGAAGGAAAGAAGGAAGGAAGCAGUGCCUCAUGUGUAUAAGGGCCUUACCUCCUCCAUUCCUGUCCAGUAACCAUCUAUAUUUUAUAUCCUCUGUGAGUUCUUUAAACAGUUGUGUGUGGAGGGAGUGCCUUGGGUAAACUUAGCCCUGUUCAUGACAGCUGAGGGCCCAAGAAGUGGGAAUAUGGUCGGUUUUAGUUGACCACCACCAUUUCCUUCAAAGGAGACUGAGGAGAAAACUCUUAGAGUUCUUUACCUGGGGGUGGGCCUGGGCCGGUUCUGUUGGUAGAGUGCUUGCCUAACAUGGGUGAAGCCCUAAGUUCCAUCUCCAGCACUACAUAAAACUUGGGUGUUGUAGUGCAUCCCUGUAAUCUCAGCACUUGGGAGGGGAAUACAGGAAACUCAGAAUUUUCAAGUCCACCCCUCUGGUACCUAAUGAGUUCAAGGCUAUUCUGGAUCACAUAUCUCAAAGGUAGAAGAGUUUUUUACCUGCUCCUGCACUUAGGCCUCAUAGGACCUCAAAGCAACAUGUGGGACAGAGCCCAGGCUGGCACUAGAGUAAUAUUCUUAAACCUUGAGUUCUUGUGUAAGGAAUGCUCAGGUUAGGUACAACUAAAACACAUCUUUGAAACUCUUUAUCUACUUUACCUUCAAUAUUGAAACCGCCAUCAGCUGCAUCUUUGGCUUUCUGAGGCUGAGAGGCAGCUAGAAUUGGAUGUGGUCGGCAGUGCUGGACUUGGUUUAAAGUUUCUUUCAAGCCUUGGUUUUGCAGAGCAUUAUGAGGCCACUUUUCUGUCUCCAUAAUUCUAGCAGCCAUUGUCCCAGGAAGGUGUGAACCUUUUCCCUUUCCUAUCCCUUUCCUCUCCAAGCCUGUGGGACCACAAGGUUAUAAAAUAUGGUGAGUGUUUAAAGUUGAAGAGAGCCGUACCUGAUUUGAAGGCUUUCAUCAGUAUCAACUUGCCCUUUUAGCUUUAAUAAUGAGCCUGAGUACCUUAAGAGGGGGUGAGUUGAUUCUCCCUCUCCAAGAUGUUCUGGAGGCCAGCUGUGUGCAAACUGUAAAACAGCAGCAGUGCAGCCCAUCCAUCCCUCAGUGGGAGAGCCUGUGCUACAGCCUUCCAGAGUAGAGACAGGGCUUUGAAGGUCCUGAAGAGUUGAGCCCCAGACGUGUGGGGACUAACAGAUCUGAGUAGGAACAUGCUACUUCAGGUAGUCUUGCUGCCAAAACACCCAGCUGCAGCAGGGAGAUGGGAAGAAGGAGGUCCCACAGGCCCACAGUGGGGCUGCAGUCAUGGAGGAGGAGGUCACUAUGGCCUAGAGGCCCACAGGAUCAAGUUCUUUUGCAUGAAGCAGUGUUAGAUGUAACAUAUCCCUCCCCCAAGCCCCUUGCGCUUCCUUUCUCUAAUCUGUUCUAUGUUUCUUAGUCUUGGCUUCUGCCCAGAGAGGCAUCUACAGUUUUCUUGGACAGUUUGUCUCUAGGAAUGGGAUGUCCCUUCCCAGCUUCACUCUGGCAGGAUCUUCCUGGUCUCCAGCUGUUGUUUCCUCCACGUUGAGUUUCUGUUCUCUGAGACAAAAAUUCAGAGAUUUUUAUGGAACAGGAAAAUACUUAGGCCCUGAGAAACCUGGCACUCUAGGAAGCUUUGCUUGGGCAGUACUUUGAGCUUCUGCUCUUUGUAUUUUUAUCCUGGUCUCCGUUUUCUGCCUUCCCCUUGCCGAGGCCUAGGCUCAGCCCAGCUACAGAUGUGUCAGUGUUCAGGGCAGCGCCCGGCCUUGACAGAGCUCUCAGGGAGGAACAAGGUAAAUGCUCUAGCAUCCUCUUGCCUGGCCCAUUUAAUUUUAUCCUUUAGUUACCAGGGCCAGUAGCUUUGAAUUAUCCUUUCAUUACUCCAAACCCAAUGCCUGAAGCAGCAAAAUAGGACACUGAUAAGAGGGAACACCUCUCUCAUCUCAGAACUCCCAGCUUAAGUUCCGGCUCCUAGAAAGCAGUUUUCUUAAAGGGACCUACAUGCAUUUGAGUAGAGCCAGUCUCUAGGAAUGGAGGCCCUUUCUGCCCUCCUGCCCAUUGUGCUGUCUGGAGGGAUGGCCUCAGCACACUGCUGCUCCUUCACCAGUUUCAUGGGCUGCUUUAACUUCUUUUUGGAGGAGCAGCAGUGUGGCUGAGUACUUAGAGCUGGUGGGAGGGAGAAUGCUUCUUUAGUCCUCCAUCUUGGGCUCCUCUUAUCUAACCCCCGGCAUAUGUACCAGGCCUCCUUUACCUGGAUAACUGCAGCUUCCUCUCAGCGGUAACUGAGGGCGCGUAGGCACCAGGCUCUGGGGAGGAAUGAGACUGAAGAGGGCAGAUCCUGGUAGGAGCACUUGGCCAGCUGCUGACCAUGGGUGCCGCCUUGUUAUUGUGCCCCCUUCUAAGCUGGUGAGCUGGGCUUCAGUUUUUCCCAGGCCAUGCACACUUUUAAUUUAUUUGAGAGAAACUAAUUGUAUUUUCACUGCAGUAUCUUGUACUUUUGUUUGUGAUUUACGAAUGUGAAGAGAAUGCAGAGACCCAGUGGCUCCAGUGCUUCUCCAGGCCCUGCCCUAGAGCUAACCACUCUAAGACUGUUUGGUAAUGUCACUUAGUGUAAUUAAUUGUAACAUAUUCUUUUAAAUAAAUUGAUUUAUUGAUGAAACAA